AGACUUUCUCCUGAAAUCAUUUCAUGCAUCAAGUGUGUGUGUGUGUGUGUGUGUGUGUGUGUGUGUUUUGACUUCCUUCAGUGUCUGAGCUCUUUAUGGUCACUGCGUGUGUGUGCGCGCGCGCUCGUGAGUGUGUGUGUGUGUGUGUGUGUGUGUGAGUGUGUGUGUGUGUUCCUGCAGUCAUGCUUCCCCCGGUGCUCUACAGCAGUGAUGAAGGUGAGAUGGUGUUCGGUUAACGGUCGGUUGCUGUGUGCGCUCGCGGCGCUCGUGACAGCGCUGAUCGGCGCGCGCACCGUCACCUGCAGCAUCGCGCGAGAACCUCGGCACGCGCUCCCGGGUAUCAUACCAAACACCGACAACAUCUUCAACGUCUCCAGCUCCAUCUCCAACAACUCCGGCUCCAUCUCCAACACCUCCAGCUCCAUCUCCAUCUCCAACACCUCCGGCUCCAUCUCCAUCUCCGACAUCUCCAUCUCCAUCUCCAACACCUCCUCACCACGCUUCUCCGCCGCUGCCUCGACACGCCGCGCGCGCAGUUAUCCUCACCUGCAGGGAGACACGCGCCGCCGGAAGCUUUACUCCUUCCAGAAGUUUUUCCUCCGGAUAGACCACACCGGGAGAGUCACCGGCACCAGGAGCAGGGACGAUGCGCACACUAUUCUGGAGAUCACAUCUGUGGAUGUGGGAGUGGUGGCCAUAAGGAGCCUGAGCACUGGUUAUUACAUCGCUAUGAACAGGAGAGGAGAGGUGUAUGGAGAGAGAGAGUUCGGUGUGAACUGUCGGUUACAGGAGCGUAUCGAGGAGAACGGUUAUAACACCUACGCCUCAGCACAGUGGCAGAAGCGACACAGAGUCAUGUUUAUUAGUCUGAACGCUAACGGGAAACCGCUACGGGGGAGAAAAACACACCGGAGGAACACAAACACACACUUCCUGCCCAUCAGUGUGUGAGUGUGUGGAGAGAGACAGGACCUGAUGAGAACUCUGAGGUGUGAUGUAGAAGCUGGAAUGCUGGACCUGGAUUUCAGAAUUCAGAACCUCUAACCCAGGACACAAAACUUUUUAGCCUGGAAUCAAAACCAUUUGUAAACAUGGAACUUCAGAACAAAAGCAGAACUUUGGAGCUCUGAUUGAUCUGAACCUGUAGCUGUCUGUCAUGAUGAGUGAAGUUCAGAACUUAUUCAGAACAAGAGCUCUGGGUCUAGGAUGUUCUCUUCAAGGUUUAUAAUGAUGAUGAUGAUGAUGAUGAUGAGGUAUAAAUUAUUAUUAUGAAGAUCAGUGAAGAUUUAGAGGAGAGGAGUGAGGAGGAUCUGAGGGUCAGUACUCCAGCUUCUGACAGACUUUAUUUAUUUUCCUCAGAAGACACAACAAACUGCUUUUUAUACACAUCAAAUAAAACUAUUUUCCU